GCCCCUUGGCCGGCUGGCUCGGGCGAUGGGGUGGGCACUGCCCCGUGCCCCUCCGAAUUCCCGGUGCCAGCCUCCCUCCGUGCUGCGUCCGUGGCUGGCCUGCAGCUGUCUCAUUCUCUCCCACUGGCAGGCGGGCAGGCGCGGAGGAGAGGCAGGCGCGGAGCCGGGGGGCAGGUAGGCCUGGGCGCGGGGUCCACACCAGUGGCUGGUGCCCCAGACUCCAGCCUAGGCCCUGGCCUGACCACCCUGGGAUCCAGGGUCUUCCAGAGCCAGCGCUGACCCCCACUCAGCCCAGUGAGGCAAGGGGAUCCGGGGAGCCCUCGAGGAGGGUGCGGCUGCCCCCUCAUCAGGCUCCUAGCCGGGUGUGCUGGGCCCGGCACCCCUGCUAGCUCAGCUCUGCCCCUGCUGGAGCUCUGCCCUGGAGGGCGUUCGGCCAGCAGCCAGGCCUGGUCCCAGCUCUCCUGCAGAUGGAGGCGGCCGUCCUGCUCUCCUUGGUGCUGGGCCCCCUGCUGCUGCCUCUCUUGGCUGUGCUGCUGAUGGCACUCUGUGUGCGUUGCCGAGAACUGCCAGACUCAUAUGACAGUGUACCGUCGGAUAGUUUGACCCCAAGUAGCAUCAUGAUCAAACGGCCUCCCACGCUCGCCCCCUGGCCACCAGCCACUUCUUACCCACCUGUUACGUCCUAUCCACCCCUGAGCCAGCCAGACCUACUCCCCAUCCCGAGAUCCCCACAGCCCCCAGGGGGUUCCCACCGCAUGCCAUCUUCCCGGCAGGACUCAGAUGGCGCCAACAGUGUGGCAAGCUAUGAAAACGAGGGUGCGUCAGGGACCCUCGGUGCCCUGGCUGGGGGCGGGGGGCCUGCCCCAGGCUCUGCUGACCUCUGUGUCAUUACCACAGAGCCCGUCUGUGAGGAUGACGAUGAAGACGAGGACGAGGAAGAUUAUCACAACGAGGGCUACUUGGAGGUGCUUCCUGAUACGGCCCCGGCCACUGGCACCGCUGUCCCAGCAGCUCCGGUGCCCAGCAACCCCGGCCUCCGAGACAGCGCCUUCUCCAUGGAGUCGGGGGAAGAUUAUGUGAACUAUCCUGAGAGUGAGGGGAGUGCACAAGCAUCUCUAGAUGGGAGCCGGGAGUACGUGAACGUGUCCCAGGAACUGCAGCCCACGUCAAGGACCAAGACUGCUGCCUUGAGUUCCCAGGAGGCAGAGGAUGAGGAAGAAGAGGCUGCUCCAGAUUACGAGAACCUGUAGGAGCUGCUCUGAGGACCUGCAUGAGGCAAGCCUGCCCAGGAACCAGCCUUGCCUGGGAGUCCUGAGCUGGGCAGCAAGCGGUGCCUCUGGGGGCCCACUUGGCACCCUGCCCUGGCUCCAACCUAACAACCUGAGAACUUUCCCCCUAACUUAUUGUUACUUUGGGGUCCAGUCUGUGUACCCCCAACACUCUGCACCUUCUGACACAGCCUGAGAAUGAACUGCCCUGGCCCCAGCCCUACUCUGUAAUAGAAUAAAGGCUGGUGUGGUCUGUAGUGCUUUUGGCUUUGGAGGAAGGCAGGCUGUGG